AACUUCUUGGGCGUUUCCGAGGUUCGCCCUUCCGCUGUUGAACAACAGCAACACGCUUUCUCCGUGAAUGGAGUGCAAGUUUGAGGGAGGUAAGUUUGAUGAUUUUAUCAUCCAGGAUCCCUAUUUGUUUCCUGCUGCACAUGGUGGAAAGCUGGUGGGACUUUGGUGCAAUGGUGGGCUUUGCGGGCUUCUUGCUGUUCUGACUUGUCUUCCUUGGUUUCGCCCGAAAAUGAAGGAUCGCUUGAAAAUAAAGCUGUGCUCUUGGUACGCAGUCUUGACUAGCUGUGGCAAUGCUUUGGAAGCACUGGCCACAUGCGUUCUUUCCGAGAACGAUGGUUUUGCAUUGAUGUUGAUCGCGCGCAUGGUCACCAUCACAUCGUUGGGUCCGCUCCUUGCUUUAGCCAAUGGAUUGGGGGAGGCGAUUUGGCCAUCAAAGCGUUGGCAGGAUGUGUGGAUCGUGAGCAUCCUAUUCCUACUGGGAUCAUUGGCAGGAUUUCUCACCCUUUCCCUGAUGCUUCGCGACUUUGGCGUGCUGGCUUUGGGUUGCACCAUGGCCCUUGGAUUUUUCUAUACCGGUGCUGUAUGGUUGCUGACGUUGCUGGCAAUAAGGGAACGGCAGCCAAUCGCCUACACCGGGGUGAUUGCUGUGAUCCUUCUGGCCGGGUCCUACAUCUUCUUAGGCCUCACGGAUCUCACAUGUGGUCCUCCUGGACAUGUGGACUGCUACGUACACUGUUUCUUGGGCCAAGGCGGAACUCACUACAUACUCUGGAUGGCGGUGGUGCUUGGAGCGAACGGUUUUCUUUGGAUGCACUUUUAUGACGAUCAACCGAGGGGGGCGCAGAUCCAAUGGCCCAAGAUCUUGACGUUUCGAAUGUUCCACCCCGCAGCGACCGAUGCAGCGACCGUGUCCGUGCCCGAGCCAAGUGCGGCGACCGAUGCUUGAAGCAAGUGAGAAUUGCUGGGUGCAAUUGAGUUGUUUCUCAAUGUAUUUCAUUGGAAAAAACAUUUAAAUUUUGGUUGGUACAGCCCAUUUCUGGGCAGACCACAAGUGUCUUAUGGAUUCUUAUGGAUUCUUAUGGAUGUGAAUGCUGCAAGCUUCGUUCUGGGCUUGUCCCUUGGAACUGUGAUGAUGAUCUCUUGAGAGCCCCACGGGAUGUUCGAUCUAUGAACCAAAAUUGGGUAUCCCCCCAUGUAUCUCUGUUGCCUAUCAUAUAUGUCCUCCUUUUAAAGUGGUAAUAUGUGGUAAUAUAAUGUCGCGGUAUGUGAUUUUUUGAGACAGCCGCCACAUGAUUCAUUGAAUGAUCAUGUUCUCAAAAGGGCGACUGGGGCAUGCAGAAUUGCAGCUCCGUGCGGAACCCUGGCGUGUACAAAGUCCCUGGAGUCACACCUCAAAGGUGAAAAUGCGUC